AUGAAGAGAAAAUGCUACGUUUCCACAAAUCCAUUUCAUCCCCUUGCUUGGUCAGAAAGUGGUAGCUACCCAAAUCAGCUCAACAUGCAGAGAACGCUUCAUCUGUUGUCACUCGUAGCGGCCGUCCUAUGUCUCUCAAUGGUUUCAUCGUUUCAACUUCAGCGAGAUUUAUGGAAGCUCGUGCCAGGAUUAGUCGAAUGCGUCAUACGUCCGCGACCAUACAAAAUCGCUGACCAAAACCAGUGUGAUAAGUACUACAUCUGCGACAACGGUGUGGCCAUACCACAGCUUUGUCCAGAUGGUACGGUGUUUCAUUUUCCAAUUCAGAAUUGCAUUCUGAUAAACGGGGCAGACUGUAGCGGUCGACCUAUACUUCAGGAAUCGAUUAAAAAGAACCAAUGCCUCAAGAAGACCGGACUCUUCCCCCACGAAGAUCCUACUCAGUGCGAUAAAUAUUACCAAUGUCUAGAUGGGCGCCAGACGUUAAUCACAUGCCCAGAAAUGUUGCUUUUUGAUCGCGCAAGAGGUGUUUGCGAUUAUGCUGAUUUGGCCGACACUUCCUCCUGCAUUCUUGAACCGUCACCGGUGGUUUGCCCCUGUCGGGAUGAGGAACCUUUCUCGUCAUCACUGGACAUCACGAAGCGUCUACUCCCUCAUCCCGACGACUGCCGUAGGUUUUUCUUCUGCGAGACGACCAUUCCACGACCACUCAUUUGCGAGGAACAUUUGGCCUUUGAUUUGGAGACCUUAUCUUGCAUCGACAAGUCACAAGUUCAACGCUGUUCCAGUACCCAUCAUUAGAGGGAAGCCGACACGUUUAUUCCCGACUGAGACUUACUGCGUCGCAUUGAGCAUAUACGAAUUACAAGACAAAACGUAGACCUUCCGUGGAUGCCAAUCAGGAAAAAAAAUAAAAAUACAAGAAAAUAGAAAAAGAAGAACAGGAGAUAAAAAAAAAAAAAAACAAACAAACAAAACCCCCCCAAAAACGAGGCAUUAAAAACUGAAGAGUACUUACACAAACACAAAGCAGUGCACGAAUCACUGUCAAUUUUCACUGAACGCAUAAUACACUGACAUUGGCAUUCAG